CUUUGAAACAAAGAAGCAGUCUGUCAGUGAGGAGAAGUUUACUUUCCGGGGGACCCCUGCCCCCCACGUCCUGCAGGUCCCCCCGGUACCAGGGAGGUGGUCGAACCCGCCAUGAUGGAGGAGAUGGAACCCAUCCAUCAGACUGACAGUGACGCCGGAGAAGAUGACAGCAGCGUGGAAAUGGAAGUACCCGGUGCCAAGAGGAAGCGCCGAGGGAAUCUGCCAAAAGAGUCUGUGAAAAUCCUGCGUGACUGGUUAUAUGAACAUCGACACAACGCUUACCCAUCGGAAGCAGAGAAAACCGUCUUAUCAGGACAGACGCAACUCACCGUGCUGCAGAUCUGCAACUGGUUUAUCAAUGCCCGUCGGAGGAUCCUGCCUGACAUGCUCCGUAAGGAUGGAAAGGACCCUAAUCAGUAUACGAUCUCUCGAAAGGGAAAUAAGACCCCUGAGCCUCCUGCUCCUGUUCAUCACACGCCAAUCGAAAUCCCUUCAAUGAAACCACUCGAGUUCUCCUCGAUAACACACAUGGAGCACCCGAAACAUUCCCAGUAUGCUCGGUGGUCCCCCCCAUGGCUGCCGGCAUGAUGCCUCUCCUGUACCCCUUCAGACAUCCCAUCCAUGCUGUCGCUACAGUAAGUCACGACCUCAUCAUGCAGAAAGUGGCCCCCGCCAUGAAAGCCGAAGAAGGUGGCUCCCCUGCAGAACUGCCCAACAAACGUCUUUGCCACUCCACAGACGAGCUCGGACAAACUCCUUCUUCUGUCUCUCCCCCUUGCUUUAUCGAAGGUGCAAAAAUCAGCAGAUUGCAGAUCCUGGCACAUGUCGCCACCCAGUGCAUAGCGGAAAUGGAAGCCGAGGAGGCCAGGCGCGAGGCCGCUAGAUGUGCUCUCAACGCCCUUCAAGAUUCCUUCUCCAAGGGCCACAUAAAGAUUGAACAGAUGUAACGCUCGUGCCUCUUUUACGCAGCUACAUAAGGAGUCCAUGUGCUUCCUUGAGUUUUUUGUUUUUUUUUCCUUUUCUUUUUUAUAAGAAUGCAUUGAUUACCUCAAGGAAAGGCUGGACCAAGAUGGAACCUAUCCAUUUCCGUGUCUGCAAAGAAUGCACAAACCCUCAUCCCGUGUGGGGGCUCUUUGCAAUGAGAUAAUAUAGCAGGUCAUAUAUGUGUAAUUUUUUAUUUUUAUGGACUUCCAGUACUUACUGUUUACAUUUUGUAUUGAAUCCCCAGCUGCUUUUUCUGUAGUUGGAAUGGAUAUAGGGGCGAAGAGGCACCUUGGGACACUACAGGUGGGGUGGCCAUAUUCUGUGAGCCCUCACAGCAUCGUGUUUUGCAAGUAUGCUGCUACCCCCCUCUGCACUUUAUUGGUCACAUUGACCAGAGGUCACUCGGCAAUGUAGAAGAUCACUACGGCUGGCAUUCGGAGUAGGUCACUCGCACAGGACUAUAGUACAACCUUCUCUGACUCGCCCAGCGUCCUUGGCAUACGUUGCCGCUUGAAUUAUUAGUCAAGUGUUUGAUGGGGAGGAGGGGGCGACUCAUUCUCCAUAACUGAGCUUCCUAUCUUUACACUGCUUAUUCGUGUGUGUAUAUAUAUAUUUUUUUUUCCUCUAAACUUUUACUUUUUUGGAAACUGUGAAUGUUCAUUACUGUUCUGUGACCACAAAGUGUUCAUUAUUUACCCGGCUAAAAAAAUGUAAUAUUUUUUUUUUUUUGGGUAACUUUGUGACGGUUGGCAGCCUGAAGUCAUGUACAUUUUGGUCUGCGGGCACCGGCCGUGUGCUCACCUCCUCACGGCUGUGGACCCAUUCACUUAAAUGGAUCAGCAGUCCGGUGUGGCAUGGAAGCACUACGGCAUGCU